GCGCCCGCCAUGGCGGCGCCCACGCGGGUGUUCGCGUUCCGGGACGCGCGCUGGGCCCCGGACCCGGUGCUGGAGCCGGGCGCGGCCGUGCGGAGCCCGCAGCCGGCGCCGCUGGUCAUCGACAACGGCUCCUUCCAGACGCGGGCGGGAUGGGCCUGCCCCGACCCCGCCGUGCCGGCCGAGCCGCUGCUGCGGUUCCGCUCGCUGGCGGCGCGGAGCCGCGGGGCCCGCGGCGGGGCCGGCGCAGAGACCCAGGUGGGGAACGACCUGGGCAGCCCCGAGCCCCUGCGGUGGCUGCUGCGCUCGCCCUUCGACCGCAACGUGCCCGUGCAGCUGGAGCUGCAGGAGCUGCUCCUGGACCACGUCUUCCAGCGCCUCGGCGUCUCCUCGCAGGGCUGUGUGGAUCACCCAAUUGUUCUGACAGAAGCAGUUUGCAAUCCUCUGUACUCAAGGCAAAUGAUGUCUGAGCUCCUCUUCGAAUGCUACCAAGUGCCAAAGGUGUCCUAUGGCGUGGACAGCCUGUACAGUUUUUAUCACAACAGGAGGCAGAGCUGGCCCUGCAGUGGUUUGGUGAUAUCCUCAGGGUACCAGUGCACACACAUUUUGCCAGUCUUAGAAGGCAGGCUGGAUGCCAAGAACUGCAAGCGCAUUAACCUGGGGGGGUGCCAGGCUGCCGUGUACCUGCAGCGGCUGCUGCAGCUCAAGUACCCCGGGCAUUUCGCAGCCAUCACGCUGAGCCGCAUGGAGGAGAUCCUGCACGAGCACAGCUACAUCGCCCAGGACUACAUAGAAGAGCUGCAGAAGUGGCGGUGCCCAGAGUACUACGAGAACAAUGUGCACAAGAUGCAGCUGCCUUUCUCCAACAAGCUGCUGGGCAGCACUGUGGCAUCUGAGGAGAAGCAGGAGAAGAGGCAGCAGCAGCUGCGGCGGCUUCAGGAGCUCAACGCGCGGCGUCGGGAGGAAAAGCUGCAGCUGGACCAGGAGAGGCUGGACAGGUUGCUGUAUGUGCAGGAACUUUUAGAAGAUGGUCAGAUGGAUCAGUUCCACAAAGCUUUGGUGGAGCUGAACAUGGACUCUGCAGAAGAACUUCAGUCUUACAUCAACAAAUUGAGUCUGUCUGUUGAACAAACGAAGCAGAAAAUCUUACAGUCAGAAGUCAAUAUUGAAGUAGAUGUUGUGGACAGCAAGCCAGAGACUCCUGACUUGGAUCCACUGGGCAGUGAACAGUCCCUGGAGGAUGUGGAAAGUAUUAAUGAGUUUGAACCUCUAUUUGCUGAGGAGCAGCCUGAAGUUGAGAAGCCAGUUGCUGCAGUGCAGCCCGUGUUUAACCUGGCAGAAUACCACCAGCUUUUCCUUGGCACUGAAAGAAUCAGGGCUCCAGAGAUUGUCUUCCAGCCCUCCCUGAUAGGAGAGGACCAGGCUGGGAUAGCAGAAACCAUGCAAUAUGUCCUUGAGAGGUAUUCAAAGGAACAACAGGCUAUCCUUGUCCAGAAUGUUUUCCUCACAGGUGGAAAUAUGAUGUACCCUGGACUGAAGGCCAGAAUCCAGAAGGAACUCCUGGAAAUGAGGCCAUUCCAGUCAUCCUUUCAGGUCAGCCUUGCUUCCAGCCCUGUCCUGGAUGCCUGGUAUGGGGCUAGGGACUGGGCAGUGGAAUACAUGAACCGUGAGGAAGGCUGGAUCAGCAGGAAGGACUAUGAGGAGAAAGGAGGGGAAUACCUCAAGGAACACUGUGCCUCCAACGUCUAUGUUCCCAUCCGCCUUCCCAAGCAGGCCCCACGGGCAGCAGAGGCUCCCAGCAGAGCCUCAGGCACAGGGAACCCCAGUGAGCAGGCAUAGCCCUGGCCUUGGCACCCUCAGCGCUGCAGGGAAGAGUUCCUGCUGUGCAGCAGGGCAGAGCCUCGCUGCCUGCUGGGAGCACUCAGGUCCCAUCCAGGUCCUUGGUGAGGAGGACGGGACACGCUGAAUGUGUGCCUCUCACACACUGCAGCUCGUGGAGAGGAAAAAAAUCCCUCUUCGAGACUGUCAGAGUAAGGCUCAGGGGUUUUGGAGAGUGUGUGUUUUACAGCUUUUUAAGAUGUAAUGAAAUGUCCUGGUUUUGUAUGGUUUUUAUUGCGGCCAGGCUGUAGCAAGGCAGGCAGCCCAGCAGGUGUCCCCCUUGCCCGUCUCACAGUUGUCCGUCGGGACAUGUCGGGCAGGUCGUCCUGCAGGACAUCAAGGGGGGCUGAGCUCAGCCCUGCCUGCCGAGGCCUCGUGUUCCAUCUCCUUCCUGCUAAACCAGCACCAAAUCACCAGCGGGUACUUCUUGUCUCCACCUAUGUCAGAGAUAGCGAUGUUGUGGCUGAAACUGGAGAGCUGGGCACAUAAAGACACAACCCUCCAUAAAGCACAGUCCAGAGGCACUGCCAGACCUUCUGCUGCCCUGGAGUGGUUCUGCAGGCUGAGCAGGGCAGCUCUUUGAUGGGACUUUGAUCAAAAGUUGUUGUAGCAAUAAAGCAAAGCUUUUUGCUUUACCAUUAA